GUUGUUCGAGAUGGUGGUCAAAUACUUUGAUGCAUUCCUCAAUCUAAUUCCUCUGUCAUUCGUCUUGGGCUUCUAUGUGUCAUACGUGGCCUCGAGGUGGUGGCAACAAUUCCUCGCCAUACCUUGGCCAGACAAACUGUUCCAUUCCAUCGCAUGCUUUGUGCAAGGUUUCGACGAGGAGAGCAGAAUCCUGAGGCGCUCUCUCAUGCGUUAUAUGAAUCUAGCCUUGAUCCUGGUCCUCAGGUCAAUUUCAUCCGCUGUCAAGCAGAGGUUUCCCAACCUCGAGCACGUGGUGGAGGCGGGUUUCAUGACCAAUCAGGAGAAAGAGUUGUUCAGCGCCGUGCCUUCCAAUGAGUUCAAUACGUAUUGGAUCCCAUGCACUUGGUUUGUGUACCGGAUCCAAGAAGCCUCCAAGAAGGGCAAGCUCCUGAAUGCAUAUGCUUUAGAUACAAUUAUGAGAGAAUUCUGUGACUUCCGGGCAAAAUGUGGACUCCUUUGGUGCUAUGAUUGGGUUUCUAUUCCGAUGGUGUACACUCAGGUCGUGACUUUGGCCACCUACCUUUUUUUCAUUUUCACUGUGAUUGGUCGCCAGAAAAUUGAUACCCUGAGGAAAGGUGAAUACAUGAGAAGUGGUAGGAUGCCCAUGGACAUUGAUCUCUACAUCCCAAUCUACACUAUCCUACAAUUCUUCUUCUUCAUGGGACUGUUAAAGGUGGCUGAACAAUUGAUCAAUCCAUUUGGGGACGAUGAUGAGGAUUUUGAACUGAAUUGGUUAUUGGACAGACACAUGAAGGCCUCGUUUCUUGGUUGCGAUAUCCUCAUGGACCCCGAUCGGAUCCCUCCUCUGGUCAAGGACUUCUAUUGGGACAAACAGAACUGCCCCAUUCCGUACACGGAGGCCUCGAUGCACUUCAAGCGGAAAACCUACAAAGGAUCAGCGGAUGACAUGAUUUUUGGUUGCAGAAUUCCGGAGAGCAAACAACAAAUGGUGUUCCCCGAGAUUGAAGAAGAAAGUGAGGAGGACAAUGACUCAAAAAAACUGUCCCGAUUGUCACUUACCAGCUUACUUUUGGACUCCACACAUUUAGUAACCGGUGCAAGCAUGGGCCCCUCCUACAUGAACAGGAAAACGCCUUCCAAUUCCACCCUGGUCCCUGAAACUCCAAGUCGGGGCAAUUCGCGGAAGAAGAAACCUUUCCGUCAAGGAACUAUGGACGAAAUCGACCGGAUGACCAAUGAUGGCUACUACAUCUCAGGUCGAUCCUUACCCGAGGGCGCAUUCCCUGCUGAGGACCAGAACUCAAGACACCAUUUCACUCCAGGGUCUUGGCGUAAUGGGGGCCAACAGGCCAAUGGAUCUCCGGGCAACCACAGACAGGAUGGGACUUUGAACUCCAGUGACUCGCAUCUAAUGUUACCCGACAUGUCCUCAAAUUUUCUGCGACGGCUGUCUGACACCAAUCUUGCCAAUCAUUACUGGGGGGGAUCUGUGGACAAGGAGAGUGUUACCGACGAGGACGAUUCAGAUCGCCGAGGGAGUGUAGCCGGCUCCAGUUGCGGGACCAGACGUGGAUCCAAACUGUCCGACCUCAUUGAGAAGAAAAAGCCGGCGGAAAAGAAGAAGAGGAAGAAAGACAAGCAAGGAUUUGUUUGGCGGCGAAUGAUUCACGAGGACACUGAAGAACUUCCCCGGACUCGAACUCCUCAUUUAGGCUCAGCAGGAAAUGCUCAAGGAUGGCUCAACCAAAGCUCAAUGCCCACUCCAACGGGAUCCCAAUCGGGCUCGUCGCAAACCGUACGCCAUCUGAUGGUCCUUCCCGAAAACGCAGCCAAAUCCGCCCCCAAACCCACAGUGCAAACGCCAAUUCCAAUCCCGCAACUCGUCCCUCGCAAGACCAGUCCAGAUGCGAAUGGCAUCGGGGGACGGCGUGGGAACCGCCUCCGACCAAUUGACCUUCCUCAGCGAUCCAGUUCUGCCCAAGCAGCCCCUCGAGUGGUACCGCAACAUAGCGUGGACGAUGACAGUGCGUCCAUCACCUCUUUCAAAACGUGCCCCAGUGAGCCCAAUUUGGCGUUUGUGCCCCGCCAAGUCUCGGACAAUUACGAUACAGGGACUAUAGUGCGGUCGCCAACGUCCGACAAAGGUGGCCGAAGUGCAGCCGAUCAGGCUACCAAGGCCAUGCUUAGAUCUAACUCCUACGCCACGGAUCCGCCCCGGCCAGGCCUGAACCGCAUCAGUGCCAUCCAAAUACCAGGCACUGGAGUCCAGCAACCUUCCGCACCCGAAUUGGAUUACCCUCGGACGCCUCGGACGCCGGCUCCGAACACCUCUAUAAGCCCGAACGCUCAAAUGAGUGCUAUGCUAUCCAAAGUCCCCUCGCCUUCUCCUCAUAUACGAUGGAAACCAAACAACUCCGAACAGUAGCCGAAUGUUAAGCUUAACACAACCUAAACUGGAUAUAAUGUAUAUGUUUGCGAGAGCAAUCCCCUUCCCGACCCUUCAAUAUCUUCACUAUUUUCACUUUGCGAUGAUGACGACUUGAUAAGCUAGCAUGCUUGGACACUGUCAAACCACGAUACAUUUCAUUCGGAUGUGUCCGCCACACGUAGCUAAUUCAAGGUCCCCACCCAAAACCACUGCUCAUUUCCAACUUGACCAGAUUUAUAUAUUUCACAAAAACCUUCAGAGAGAGUCCAGCAGAACACACGAGUAUGAAUUUGAGAAUAAAUCCAGGAAUAAAUGUGCAAAGACGUAUCAAAUGUUAAGUAAAAAAAACAUUCAACGAAGCGAACAAACUCAA